CAUUUCAAACAUAAACAUACUGCUUUGAAGACGGACAGAUACAUAGCUCUAGAUAAUGAGAGACGGACAAACGCAAAGAAGGCAAAUGCGAUUAGUGGUCAGUAGACAUGUUACUUGAGUAGAACUCUCGACUACAGCUAAGUACAAUUUAAUCCUAGUGUACUGGCCACGUGGGUGUGUUUACAACACACCAGGAAGAACACCGGUACUCGUGACUUGCGGUUACUUGCAGUGGCUUCGCACACAAUGACCCAUGCCAUACGACCGUGACUGCCUUGUACCAGUUCGCUGAGGCUUGAUUUACUAAAUUAAAACUGACGCGUCGACUCGCGGAUGCCCUAGAAGAGCUCCGCGAGUUAUUGACAUCACCUUGGACUUCUUUCUGUACAUAAGCGCCAACUCACCCCAGGAAGUGACGGGAAUUUAAUUGCGACGCCUCCUCUGGUGCGCCUGCCAGUGUUUCCACGUACGUCGAACGGUAGAGAAGACAACAGGCGGCGUGCGAAGAGAAAUUUCCAACACUCGCUUGACUGGUCGGGCUGGGAUAUGAGAAAGAGGCUUCAAGAUGCCGUCGCGUACUUGGCCGUUUGCCUCGCUCUGACUCGCAUAGCAACGGUGUCUUGUGAAGGAUACACAAGUAUGCGUGUUGCGUUGACUAGUGACUCUAUUCGCAGCUCGACCGUGCGGACAACUUCGGACGAGAGUUUGAGCGACUCGACCGUCUCUGUAUCCGGUCGGACACAGACGAGCGAUACAACUCAAUUAGCAGGUCGCGAACCCACUACGACGAGGCUUCCUGCUGGUGUCUUAGCACCAACUACCAAGGUGCUAAAACGGUCGCAUCUAGCUACUGUCUCUGAUGUGGAGACUGCACUAACAAUCGGAUUAGACGCGAACGUGCAGCGGACGGUUGCUGCGAUGUCUUCGGUUGUAUCACCGACCGGCUUCAGUGCAGUCAUUUCGCCGAGUGUAACCCGGAUUCCUUCUUCCGUCGCUUUGCUGCCACGUGCGUCUUCAUUUCGGACUCUAAUGUCGUCUGGUGCGUUCUAUUCGAAGACGAAUGGUGAUUUAGCGAGAAGUGAGGUACCGGGCGAGGCUGCAUCAUCGAAUGCACAAAGAGAGGAGACGAUGAUGUCAACGGCUUCUGUUAUUGUGCAGAGCGCUGUUGUGUCGGGUGCACUAAGUUCCGCGACUCUUUCCAUCUCUGGGUAUACUCUGCGUUCUACGUCUGGCGAGUCUGCUGCAAUGCUGUCGGAGACAAAGCGGGCUUUGUUGUCUGGAGUCGAGGGAGAGAAAACAAUGAGUAAGACGUGGUCGAUGGGUAUGGUACCACAUGCUGUACAAAGUGUACUUAGCGUUGGAUCUGGAGAGGCAAGCCUAUUUGAGGCUCGUAUGUCAACAACAUCUUUACUUCCUUCGAGUUCCUUUGCUUUUUAUAGCGAUUCCUCACUAACAAUGUUUGCACAUGAGACGUCAGAGUCUAUUGACACUCUGAGCAGCAGUAUUUCUUGGAGUGGCGUAAUCACUUCAUUGUUACCCAAUAUUUCUGUGUCAAUCAAAGCACUUACAUCUGCAUCCUUAUCAGCACAAAUAGAAACUCCGUUAGCUGUUGUUUCAUCAGGAGCGAUUACCUCCAGGGACACUCUAUGGCUUUCACACUUAACUCACACUUUUGGAGUUUCAACUCAAGUCGCCUCCGUGUUUCCCUCGUUUCAAUAUUCAUGUCUGAAAGGCGGUCUCUGUAGGGAACCCGUUGAUUCAACUUUGCAAACGUUGGACAAUAAGUUGACUUCCGGUCAUAAAAUGAAAAGUCGUGUAGUGUCUAUUAGCUCAGAGUAUGAAGUGAUCAUUCCAACAGUCGAUCUAUCAACGGGUAUUGUAAACGCAGGCGCGUUCUACUCGUCUGUCUUGUUACCAUCACUAACUGCAGUGGCGAGAUCCACCAACACACAAACAUGGACAGCAGGAACUGUGGACACAACACACAAUAACACGCAGGUGUCGGUACUAUCUCUAUCUCCAAGCAUUCUACCUGCAAUAGAAAGAGAUAUCUUCUCGAUGAGCUCACACUCAUCAACUGUGACUACAGAGGGAACCGAAUCAAGGCGGUACCAAUCUUCAAGAGAAGUCUCCAGCUUAGUGACAUCUGUUUCCGAAAAAACAGAAGCUAUGGUAUCACAGACUGCAAUGCUGCCAUCCAAAUGGGAGGUAUCAACAGUUUCCGUUCUGCUUUCUCUUAACAGCUUGACGUCGUUUGCCAGUCCGCAGACCUCUAGAACGUUGUAUUCGAGUCAGAAAUCAACAGGAAGCUCGAUGGCAACACAUUAUCCAAGCACCACGUCUGGAGUGACCGUUCAGUCGUCUCUCAACGUCUUGCAGACCUCUAGAAUGUCGUAUUCGAGUCAGAAAUUAACAGGAAGCUCAAUGGUAGCACAGUCUCCAAGUACCACGCCUGGAGUGACCGUUUUGCCAUAUCUCAACAGCUUGUCAUCCUUUGCCAGUCCACAGAACUCUAGCACGUUGUAUUCGAGUCAGAAAUCUACAGAAAACUCGAUGGCAACACAGUCUUCAAGCACCACGUCUGGAGUGACCGUUCAGCCAUCUUUCAACAGCCUGUCGUCGUUUGCCAGUCUGCAGACCUCUAGGACAUUGUAUUCAAGUCAGAAAUCAGAAAACUCGAAGGUCACACAGUCUACAAGCAGCACGUCUGGAGCGACCUUUCUGCCAUCUUUCAACAGCUUGCCAUCCUUUGCCAGUCCGCAUACCUCUAGGAUGUUGUAUUCGAGUCAGAAAUCAACAGAACACUCGAUGGCAACACAGUCUCCGAGCACCAUGUCUGGAGUGACCGUACAGUCUAGCUACAUGCCUACCACUUCAAAUGCCUAUUUUGCCACAUCCACUAGCAAACUGCACUUACCGUCCAAACUGGUUGCGGGCAUCACUACAUUGUCGACGUCUCAAACGCCAAGAGCAUCUUCCCCCCAAGUCGAACAAACAUCAACAGAGUUAAGUUUGCUGACGAGUUCUAGUUUAUCAGCUGGUGCUCGGCCCAGUUUCAGCGUUUCCUCAAACCUUAAAUCAAAAACACGGUUGUUAACUGAACUUCCAACCUCAUCCGUUCCUUCCCUGCUACCGUCUCCGUCCUCUCCCACAAGAGUCACUCCACCAACACACAACACCUCAUCUCCCUCAUCUGGAAUUCCCGUCUUUGCAAUUGCAGCGGGCGCUGCUGGUGGGCUGGCGCUCCUGCUCGUUGUUCUCAUCCUACUCGUCGUUCUUCUACGACGGAAUACGCACAGAUUUCGAAGAGCAUCAAGCAGCAGUUCUAAACUCGAACAGACCGUUCUAGGAUGGAGAGAACCGGAGCCCGUCAACUCUCGUCUGGUCAACGGAUCAACUUCAGAAUCCCGACGAAAAGCAACGAAGCUGGAUAAUUUGGAAAUGAACGGGGUGAGUAUAUUGAACGGGAUGGAUAGCAAAGAGAUCAAAACGGAUGGCACAUUCGAAGAUAUACCGCUUAAUAACAUCACAAUAAAAAAUAAUAAUCGCUAGGUCUACCACUGAUGGAAGGAUCGAGCAAUCGACUGUGGAAUUUGUAGUAUAGCAGACGCAACGCUAGAGGAUUUAUUUGAUGAGUUUUGUAUGAGGACAGAGACGAAUCUUUAGAAUUUAUUAGUCGCUUCAAACUGAAAUUUCUAUACGCAUGUACUCCGUGACAGAGUGAUAUAUUAUACGUUGGAUUGUA